AUGAAGUUGUCCGUGAAGACGUUGAAGGGGAGCCGCUUCGAAGUCCUGGUCCAGCCGGGCGAUACGGUGAGGAAGUCGCUUGGAAAGUUUUUCGGUGCCCUUUCUGGUGCAUCAUUGUAUUCUUUCCGUGUCUACACUGCGUUUUUAUUCUGUUUUUGGUGUGAUACCUGUCUGUGGCCAACAAUAGUUGAAGGACGAUGGGUUCUACAAUGUGUGUGUGGUCGUGGAUGUCAAAUCCGUCUGCACGAGUUCUGUCAGGAGACAGCUGAAUAGUUUACUCGGGCUUCGUAAGUAAUGACGGUGAAGGAGACAUGAAAUGCAGGAACGGUUGCGGGAAUCAACCGGCUUUCAGUUGUCGCUGGUUUUCAUCGAGGGUGACAUUUUGAAUCCUUUUUCUUAAUUUAAAUAAAUGGUUAUCGGUAUUCUAGAGGCCGCCUUGGGAUCUGUUUUUUGUGAUGAUGUGGUUCCAGUGGAUUGAAACUAUGGAUCGAUUAGAAUACGGGGUGGAACAUCGUAAGGAUGCCGUAUAAUACUUGAUAUUGUCACGGCAAAGGCAACAGACAAGGUACGAUAAAGUAUGGAUGAAAUAACUUGUGUUAUUGGUACCAGAAGAUUUUGAGUCCUUUUUUCUUCAACUGAGUGACCGGACUACAAUAUUUCAGAUGGUAUCCGUCAUAUUUUAUUUCGGAAAGACGUGGUUCCGGUGGAUUGAAAUUAAGAGUUUAUCAGAGUGCUGGAGAUGGAAGGUGUGAAGGGUUUUGCCGGGCAGCUAUGGUUAUGAAUUAAUCAGUGAAUAAGCUGUCUUUUCACAGCUUUGGAGCUGAAAAUCAUAAUUCUUAUUUGGUUUCAUUUUUUCCAUUACGGGUCUUCCAGUUCCUGAAAAUCAUAAUCUGGAAAUCACGAUUCUCCCUUGUUUCCGUCAUUUCCUUGAUUCGCUUUAUUGUAGGCUCUUUCUCCGGAUCAAAGAAGACACCAUUCAUCACUCUCAGUUCUGUCUGUGGCUAUCCCUAAUUAUUUCGGCCAUUGUGUUUCCCUUAACGUGCUUUUAUUUGGACGCUGACACAAGUUCUCAGGAAUGCUUGAAAUGUCUCUCACUCUACAAAAUUGAUUUAGCACAAAAAUAUUUUAUUCACACAGUCCAAAUGUAAUAGCACUACUUUUGAAAAACAAUUGUGACAAUUUGACGCUUAGAAAAAUCAGGUCAUCUCCGCUCUCAUAAAAAGGAUGUGGUAUACUAUAUGCAUGUCGUGCAAGAAAAAAUAAUAUGUUUGAGAACCAUUUGCAGUAGAUGUACUGAUGAUAUAUCUAUUAAAGUGUGGCUCUCUCAAACAUGCACUGCUGCAUCCAGACUGUUGAAUGUGUUUUAUAACAUGUCAAAAACAAUUGUGGCUGACGUGUCAAUAGUGGUUGGAAGUAGAAUUUUUUUGAGAAAUAUUCGUUUUCUAAAGACAGUAGAAGGCCGUUUUCUAAUUAGUUCGGUCUUCUGAAAUUGUGGCCUUCUCUCAGGUUAGUGAGAACUUUAGCCCAGUUUUGUAUUGAUUUAUUGAAAAAAUUCACUUUAUCCAGGUAGUUCGAUUUAAAAUUUUCAGUUACGAGUCAUAAUUUUUUUCAUGAUAUUUUGUGAUUGCUCAUCAUACAUAUUCGUUAUCUUAUUUCUUUGGUUCGUUUUCACUAAUAACCUUGAUGACUUAACCUGCUCUCUUUAGGUCAUGGCUGUGAAGAAGAAUAUUGAAGAGGUGCAAGGGAAGGACAGCUACCCGUGGGGUCAACAAUUACUAAUCUAUAAUGGAAGAGUCUUGAAAGAUGAAAGUACCUUGGAAGAGAACAGCAUCAAAGAGGAUAGCUUUCUUGUUGUUAUGCUCAGCAAGGUACUCAACCCAACACCCCACAACACCACUCCCCCCCUUCAAACCCCCAAUCCAACAAGGAAAGUAGACGUAGAAAAUGGAUGAGGACUUGUCACCAUUAGUGUGGUGAUGCUGGUUACCAUCACCACUGGUUAGGGUGGUUUUCUUAAUUCAGUUGCGAACACAUGCCCCAGCUGCUAUUCCAUCCUGUGUAUGGAAGAGAAAGAGGGGCUUAUUUCAUUAUUAUCCGACAUUUUUAUGCAGCAUUUCAAUCCUUGUUUUCACAAGAUCGAGGAAAACGCCAAGCACGUUGUCCUUUUCUGUGGUCUGUUUUAUGUUGCCCUGAGCAUAAUAUUUUCCUUUUCACCCUUGCAACCAAUGAUCAGUAUGAAUCGUUGGCUAUACCUCGUUUCCCAUGUAUACAUUGUAAAUCUUACUGUGUUAGUUUUCUUCAGAGCAAAGUCUCAGGUACAUCGGGAGCAACACCUGCGCAGGUACUUUGUGUUUGCUUAUCUGAUUAAAAUUUUAUGUUAGUUGCUGUUAACUACGCACAUGGAGCUAACCGAGCGUUUUGACUGAACAGACUUCUACUCCUGCGCCAGCCGCUCAGACUUCCACUCCUGUGCCAGCCGCUCCUCCAUCUUCAACUGAAGCUCCAUCUCAACCCUUGUAAAUCGCUGUUAUAUGUUAACUUUUGAUCCAUCAGUCUGGAAAUUCUAAGUUGUCUAAGAAUUACUUCUUAACUGUUUCUAUUAGGGCUGCAUCAAGCUCAUUGCCUGCUGAGACAGAGCCCACGGAGUAUGUAUUUAUCUUUGAUAAUUCCGUCACUGUUCAGAGCAUAUCCUUAUUCCCACUAUUUCACAGUCACUGUCUAUGAUUGGUUUGAAAAUGUCUUCCAUUUUUCCGAAUUGUUGUUUAGUGUUGGGGUCUGCAACAUCCUCAUUAUAUGUCAUUCGGAGCCAGUGAAAGUAGUGUUUUCGAGUGACUGCUCUCCUUGACCUCAUUUUUUUCAAUGUCAUUGAUACCUUUACAUGUCGGGAGUCUUAUGAGACUAGUAAGUUGUAGUAAACUGUAUUCUUGAUUGUAGAUUAGCCUCAGAGUACCAAUUGUCUAAAGUGUUCUUGGAUUUCGUGAGGGAGUAUUGAUGUGGAAAAAAGGAGGGAAAAACAUUCUUUCACACUGAUUUAAGUCGCAACCCCAUUAUUUUUUAGUCCUGAGACCAUUGAGAUGCAGAAGCGAAAAAGAUUUGAGAAAAGGACAAUUUGCUGCCUUUAUUAUGUGAAAACUUUUAUACUAGAAAAGAAGAUUUAGUCGCAUUCUGUACCCCUUCAACCUAAUGGUAUUUUACUUGUCCAGAUGGACGUACCAGCCUCGUGUGUUGUCAUUCAUAGUUUCUAACACAUCUAAUCCUCAGGUUGUGGAAAUCACGUGUCUGUGUGCCAUAGAUGGCUUGAUAUUUGCCGUCUACUUCCGAGGUUUCGUGUACAUUUCUAUUCGGAGUACCUGUUGUGGGUCAGAUAACUGACAUAACUUGAGUUUGCUGCCCGAAUUUCGCCAUGGCCCUGUUUUCCGAGUACUUUGGAGGCUCGAGAACAUUGACCUUGUACUGUUGCUGUUAUCAUUUUCUUGCUUUACACUUACAUCUAAAUGGUCCUCCGUCAUCUUUGUUUUGGCUUAGAAUUAUUGGACUUGAAGUUCAGUUUGUGGACCUGCCAUUUACUAUGAAUAUCAAGGAUGAUUUCUUGUGUAUCAAGGAUAUUAGCUAACCCAUCGAUAUAUAUCUGCAGGGUGUCCGCUAAUACCUAUGAUCAGGCAGUAUCCAAUCUAGUCUCUGGCGAUAAUCACGAGCAAGUGGUUCAGCAGUUGAUGGAUAUGGGCGGUGGAAACUGGGACAAAGAUAAAGUGCUUCGCGCACUCCGGGCAGCUUAUAAUAAUCCAGAGCGUGCUGUGGAGUAUUUAUAUUCAGUAGGCGUCUCUUUCUCUCGGCAUGCAAUGAUGUGAAUCCAGUUAUGACUAUAUAUGGUUUAAUUAAUGAUCAAUGAUAUCUGAUGUAUACCGUAGGGAAUUCCUGCAUCCGCUGAAGUUGCUGUUCCAGUCGAUCAUCUUGCUUCUGAUCAGGCGGUUGCCACUGAAGCAGCAGGAGGUCAAGUGCCUUUGACCGGUUUGCCCAAUUCUUCUCCAUUGAAUAUGUUCCCCCAGGUAACAUGCUGCUUCCUAUUGUAUCCAACAUGUAUAAAAUUAUCUGUCAUUUCUGUCACAUUAAGUGCCAUGUUUUCGAUUCAUGAUGAACAGGGGACUCCCGCUCUUUCUGCUGGAAUUAGCAGUGGAACACUCGAUUUUCUUAGGAACAACGAACAGGUUUUGUGACUAUUCCAAUGACAGCCUUGUAAAGUAUAUAUGCAUAUAUAUGCAUUUGAUUUCGCAUAUUUGGCUGCUAUCUGCGCAACUCUGCCUUUGAAUUCUCAAACCUAACUCUUCUCCGGAUAUGAACUCAGAUUCUGCUACUAAAUAGAGCCCAGAGGAUAAAAUGAAAAUAUAUUCUUAUUAUGAAUUACACUUGCGAUCGUUGAUCUUCUACCCAGACAAACUCGUCAAAAAUUCAACAAAAAAUAAUGAUUGGAGAUUGACUUCAGAGAAUCUAUUCACUCUGAUGAUUGGUGUCGUUUCAUAUAAAUUAGUUUUGAAAAAUAAAUUUGUUCUUCUCGAUUUGCUUUCCUGAUCUGGAUGCAUGAUGAGUACCUAUUUUUGUCCAUACCUAUUCAUAUAAUUUUAUUUUAUUUUUACACUGUCUAGUUCCAAAUAUUGCGUUCAAUGGUCCAAGCAAAUCCCCAGAUCUUACAGGUACUUUUGAGAUUCUUCGGGUGUUCUUUGAUUGAUCGUUACUAGCAUUCUAACUGUUCUUCCUAUUGCAGCCGAUGCUUCAGGAGUUGAGCAAGCAGAAUCCCGAGCUUCUGAGAUUAAUUCAGGAGCAUAACGCUGAGUUCCUACAGCUGAUAAAUGAGCCGCCGGAGGAAGGAGAUGAAGUGUGAGUGCCAAAACUUGUGCUCCCCUCGAUUCUGGUUUUAGUUCACCGCUCACGCCAAGUACCAUCUCAAGACCUGCAUUCUUUCUUACCCCUUAUAGUCAUCUCCUUGGUCAACGCAAAAAUGUAAGAAAACAUGGAAAUGUCGUGGUCAACUGUUACCCAUUUUGGAUUCCUUGCAGCCGAGCUCAGCCAACCCAGUGGUUUUCAUUCCGCCAUCUGCGUUUUCUCCCCCUUUUUCCCUAAUGGUUGACUUUGGGGAGGUUUUUGGGCUCCAUCAACCAUAAAGUCAAUCUAUACUUUCAUCUUAAUUGUUAGAUCCAUGUGUAUUUCCGGACUUGGAAGUCAACCAUGUUUGUGCCCAGACGAUCUGAUGUUCUAUCAUCAAAUUUUUUUUUCCGUUGUAGGGAUAUGUUUGACGAACAGCCCGAUCAGGAAACCAUCAGCGUCACUCCCGCCGAGCAGGAAGCCAUCGAGCGCGUGGGCCCUAUUCCAUCUGUUCUCAAUCAUCUCCCAGCCUAGCCUUUGAAUUCUGCUGUCGCCUGACCGAGCUGUUCUUCCGCUGAAAUUCAGAUUGAGGCGAUGGGAUUUGACCGGGCCCGCGUCAUCGAGGCAUUCUUCGCCUGCGACAGGAACGAGGAGUUGGCCGCCAAUUAUUUGCUGGAGCACGCCGGUGACGACGACUAA